AUGGAGGGUCCAGUUAUGGCAGUGGUGGUUGCAUUGGUGGUGGAGAGGGAGGCUCAGGGUAUGGAGGAAGCUCAGGAUAUGGAGGGGGCUCUGGCAGGAGAGGCUCCAUCUCUGGAGGUCAUGGAGGAUCCAGUUAUGGCAGUGGUGGUUGCAUUGGUGGUGGAGAAGGAGGCUCAGGGUAUGGAGGAAGCUCAGGACCAGGUGGAGACAGAGCUGAACCACACAGAGAAGUUUGUGCAGGAGUUCAGGUGCAGAUAUGAGCAGGAAGUGAACAGAUGCACUACACCUGAGAGCAGCUUCAUGUUGCUGAAGAAGGACAUGGACUGUGUCCAGCUGACCAAGGCAGAGUUAGAAGCAAAGGUGGAAACCCUAAAGAAGGAGAUGGAGUUCCUGAAAUGUAUUUUUGCUCAGAAAAAGUCUGAGCUGGAGAGAAGUCCCUGUGGUGCCUCUGUCAUUGUGAAAAUGGACAACAGCCAAGCCCUGGACUUGGGGGGCAUCCUCAGGGGCAUGGAGCACUGGCAUGAGGGUAUAGUGGAAAGCAAAUCCCAGUUGGAAGCACUGUACUGAGCCAGGUUAAAGUUCCAAGAGCUUGAGGAGGAAAAGUGGAGGGACUUCAAGAAGCUGAAGUCCCACCAGCAAGAGAUGAAAGAACUGAGAUUUGAGAUCCAAAGAAGACAAUGUGACCUGGAAAACAUGAAGGAACAGGUGUCGUCUUUGCAAGAAUCACCUGGUGACAUUGAGCAGCAAGGGGGUCGUGCUCUCACAGAUGCCUGGGGGAGGCACAAUGAGCUGCAAGAUGAGCUCCCAAAGGCCAGUGAUGAUCUGGCAUGGAUGCUGCACUAUUCCCAGGAGCUGUGGAAUGGCAAGAUGGCCCUGGAUAUUGAGAGUGCAACCUGCAAGACUCAGCUGGAGGGUGAGGAAAGCAGGAUGUGCCUUGGGAGCCCUGUUGGAGUAUGCAAGUAA